CACACACACACACACACACACACACACACACACAUGCGCAUCCUCAUACAGCCCAGGACUUUAUAUGUGGUACGGGAAAAGAAGACCUCAGUCCAAGGAGGAGAACAAACAGAGAAACAAGGAGCGACACUAAAGAGGAACUUUUAAAGGUGGAUUCAUUAAUUACAACACUUCAUGAAAGGAUCGGACAAAUAGAAUCGAAGACUGAAGACAAGACAAGACUGAAGAUGAUAACUGGAGAGACUUUGCCAAGCUUGUUGCUGUAGGAAAGUCCUGCUGUCAGCCCAAAGUAGAGAUUGGUCAUCUGUGACAUCCAUAGGAUCAGUGAGUGCCAUUUCCCUCCCUUCUCUCUUCAGGACUCCCACCCUCUUGUCAUCUCUCCACUGGGACAUCUCCCCAUCAUCAGCAUGCCUACAGCUUGCACAAGGUGCACCUUGGGAGUCUGACCCACCAUGUGCAGAUGGACGCCGUCCGUAGCUCAUCUCUGUCCUAAACCUGCCCUUGGCACUACCACUACUGCAGCCUCUGCCGGUCGUCCUCUCCCCCAAUCCAGUGCAGCCUCCCUUUGCCUGGCAUGCUUCACCCUGCUCCUGGUCACCGCUGGCACCGCCACAGGGGCCUGUCCUCCUGGGGUUGGACAUGAACCCCUUCAGGUGCUGGCGAGUGGCAUCAACUGUUCAUGGACGUUGGAAAGGCACACUCGCAGUUACAAUCACCUAGAGGGCGACGUCCGACUACGGCGACUUUACUCUGCCAACAAGUUCUUCCUCUGUAUUGACAAAACAGGCAAGGUGGACGGCACUCGGCGGAAAAACUUCGCAGACAGCCUGAUGGAAAUCCGAUCUGUCAGUGUGGGAGUUGUUGCCAUCAAAUCUGUCAGCACUGGGCUGUACUUAGCUAUGUCCAAGAAAGGCACGCUCUUUGGAUCGGUGAAGUACAACCCGAGCUGCAAGUUCAAGGAGCGCAUCGAGGAGAACGGCUACAACACGUACGCCUCCCUCCGUUGGAAGCACGGCGGCAGGCAGAUGUUUGUUUCGCUGAACGGGCGGGGGAAGCCACGGCGAGGUCACAAGGCUCGACGAAGACACCCAUCCACUCAUUUCCUGCCCAUGCUCCCCUCCUAGCUGCCCAAGUCUGAACUCUGACCGGCAACUGGCUGGCUCGCCUGCCUCCUCACAUUAGUGUUGAUCUAGUCGUUAUGGCAAUCUUUAUUUUUUUUACUCCAUUUCUCCUGUCACAUAAAUGUACAUUUGUUGAGGGUUGUAACAUUUGUAGAGUUAGUAUAAUAUGUACUUUUAAGUUAUUUUCUCCAUUUUCUAAUGAUGUUCAGUAAUACGGUAAAUAUGCAGUAGAAUUAUACUAUCUCCAGGCAUCUGUCUGGCUACAGUAUUUUUCUGUGUGUCUGAACUGCAUGUAAAGCGGUGUUUGGGUGACUUUAGGUGGCUGGGAGAGGACUGAAAAGGGACAGCAAGGAAUGGAAACAACAAAAUGUGGCUCCCUGGUUUGUUAUUUAGCUUAUUUUAGAUGAUCAGCUAAAUAGGAACAGAAGCAUCUGGUACAGCAGAAAUUACAUUUUGAUUUUAAGUAUCGCUAUUAAAACAUAAAAGAAGCAACUUUGAAAUAGCUACAAAUCAGGGCCAUAGGUACCAGAAAGGAACACUGAUGUGUUCUGUAUUUUUUAUGGGUUGGGGUCACACUCACAAUUACAUGACAUUGUAUGACAUGUUAAACAUAGUUCUCAUCUUCAUCACAUGUGGACCACCAUUUCACAUUUGAAAAAUUCCCAUGUUGAGUGAUUUUCAGUUGUCUUACAUGGGAAAUCUAUAACGUUAUAUGCAAAAAAAAUAAUAAACAUUUAAUAUUACAUGUGCAACACCAUUUCACAUAUGAUAAAUUCACAUGGAACAUGGUUUAUCACGUGAAACAGAAUUUCACUGAAUUAACAUAUAGGGUUUCACAUGUGUUAUUUUUGUAAGGCUAAGGAGUACUUUUAGGCCAACAAAAGUAAAUACAUGAAUAUUAAAAAUUUGUAUUUCUCCAGCAAAAUUUAAUUUAUGGUGAGGGCUUAUAUAAUUAAAAUACAACAUGAGAAAUCCAAAUAAUUAAUGAACAAUUGGGGGCGACUUGGACUCAUGACCUCAGUAUUUCUAAAAAUCUUGCCUAUGGCCCUGCUACAAAUCCAACAUUUUACUGUUGCUUGGGAUAUAUUGUACUGACACUACUGGAUAAGAGACACUGACUUGCACCUGAACUGUACAGAGAAGAUGAAAAUCUCUACUGACUCAGACACAUUGAUACAUGUACUUUUCUGUCUGUAUAUGUCUACGUAUGACAAGGAAUUAACAGAAACUAAGCUAACUACUGGGAUAACAUGCUGGAUUUACUGAGAUGACCUUUUUAUGUUUGUGCAUGCUUCUGUUGGACUGCUUCUCCCACUCAACAACCCACAGCUAAUAGAUUGGGAAUAAGUAUCAGAAAAAAAUGCAUUGUGUCUCAUCUAGUCUCUGAUUCUUGGUCCUUACUUCACUCGUGAAAUAAUAACAUACGUUUUGAGUCAUUUAAUGCAUUAUAGCAGCCAUAGCAGAUGUCACAUAGCAGCAACUUCAUUAAUUUUGUACACAGUAGUAAAUGGUUAUUACAUACUGCCUCUCUGUUAAGUCUUGCUAACAUUUUCUCAACAACAAGGCUGUUGCUAAUAGAACAUUUAAUAUAUUUAAAACAUUUUGUACUCUUUAACUGUUGGAAGUUGAUGUUUAUUGUAAUUGUUGACUUUUUGUGUUGGAUUGUAGUCAUACUGUUAAAAAAAGAAGGGAAAAAGGUAUUUGUAUUCAAGUCCAUAUUCAUCGCAUUUUGUAUGGUACUGGGUAUCGGUACAUUUGUGUUCCACUUAUCAUAAACAGCUGUCAGCUUUUGGGCCAUUAAUAGUAGUUUGUAUAUAAGGCCAACGUCUCAGAACAAACUGUCUUUAGAUUCAUUUCAGCUAAAUAAAAUCAUUUGAGUGCCUUGGUCCAUGCUGAGUUAGGUAAACAUCAAUAAAAAAAUGUGGAUAAACUACAA